UAUGCCCCACAGAAAUGAGUGCCGACUAUAGAGACAACAAAAUCAACGAAAAUGCCUUGACUAAAUGCAACAAGUGUGAAUGUCUCAUUUUGUCCGAUUCUUCAGAUCUGGAAAACGACAAAUGUGUCAAACAGCGACGGCCCCAGUCGGCCGCAGGUGACACAGACGAUGGGGAAAAACUCGUUUUUAAAUCAAAAUGCCCCAGUGCAGUCAAAAUUUACGUAAAACACCAAAAUGACGACGACUCGUCGUCCCAAGAAAAAGGGACUUCGACGGACGAUAAUUGCAUAUGCGAUGACAAAGAGGGUAGAAUGAAACAUAUCUGUUUUCGAUUUUACAAGAAAAAGAAAGAAAAAAACAAUCUUGAUCAGGAAAAAAGAGGCUCCCAAGAAACAUUCAAAGAUGAAAACAAUCAAACCUCGAAACCCGCUGUAAAUGAUGGGAAAACGCAAAGUUCAUCUAUGGAUAUUGACGAUAUUAUUGCGAAAACGGUUUGCAAUUGUACACGAUGUGAUAAGAAAAAUGGGGGCGGGGGAGGAGGUUGCAACACAAAUACUAUUAUUAUCCCUCGCGAUAAACCGAAUGGUGAUGGUGUUGCCAGUUUGGAAAACUUUCUCAAAUCAGAAGCGAAAUUAAAUAGUCGCACUAUGGAGGACAUUUUGAAUGAAAUACAAAAGCAACGACGAGAAAUACUGGAACUGAAAGAUAUGUUGGAUAUAGUGGUUCGAGGGUUACGUGACCAUUUAUUCAUGACCACAUUUGCGAAAACUAAAGCCGAAUUGUUCGAAGAUUUGUACCGAAAAAAAAGCUUGGAACGUAAAACUAACUYGCUUUCGAUGACUGACCAACUGGAAGAAAUGAAAAAAGUUGAGAACCUAGAGAGCCAGAAAGAACCAGAAAAAAAGAAAAAACGUUUUUCAUUUCCAUGUUUGCUGCUCCUUUCUUAAAAAUUUACAAUCAUCAAUGACAAAACUAUAAAACAGACAAGUGAGUGGAGCUGUUGCAAAAUGCCACAAUGAGUGACAAUCAAAAACCCAAAAAAUCGGAGGUCUAUCCAUUAUUUCGAGUAACAUCACUAAACCACCUAAAGCUACGAAUAUUGCACACUUCCAAACGUAAGGUUGCCGAACUCGAUUAUACGUGCUCCACCCAAACCAACAAAUGGCAGUAAAGGUUCCUAAAAAUUAUAUAAUUGAGUUCUACCCCUGAAAAUUCAACAACCAACCUAUGAAAAUGUUAAGUUGCAUGUUGUAGCCAUAAUCGAAUCGGCCCAUGCCUAAAUACGCCACAUGAUUGGCUAGAAACGCAACAAAAAAUGUGGUGAUAGUGACUAGAACGAACCUUGGAGCCUGUCGAAAAAUCCUACAACACUGAAUUAAAUUUAAGAACCAAAAAAAUUAACUAAAAAACCUCAUAAUCAUGCAAUAGCACGACAUAAGUACCACCGAAAAGGCGCACGCAUAAUCCAUAAGCUCAGUAAUGGGAAAAUCUCGAGUAUGGAAAAUGGUUGACCACAACCAGGCAUUUAAACUGACCUAAAAUAGCUUUUUGGUAACGUUUAAAUCAUUGUUUUCUAACUCACUAGACAAAAUGCAUGCCAAAGCCAAUACAAAGGACUAUCGUCUGGUACUUCCUUUCUGAAUUUUUUUAUCAUCUUACUGUGGGCAUAGAAAUUUAGCAGGGAGAAAAACACUGAAGCUGGUUCUUGUAUCCCAAAAAGUCGAAUAAAAGGCCACUGAAACCACUGAUACAGAACUGUCUUUGAAAAUUAACAAAAUAUUACUUUUCCGUAAAACUGUGGUGUCCUCCAAUUACGCUCAUGGAACGCUUCAACAGUUUUCCACAUACAUUCAUACCUACAU